AUGACCGUGGCCCACAAGGUGCAGAACCGAAAAGCCAACGAGAUAAAAAUUCGCGCGGGCGAAUGGGACACUAACUCGGAAGACGAACUGUACGAGCAUCAGGAAAGGAACGUGGCCAAGAUAGUUGUGCACGAAAGCUAUUUCAGACCUAAGUUGCACCACGACGUGGCGCUGCUGUUCCUGGAGGGGCCGGUGUCGCUGGCGGACGCGCCGCAAAUCGGCGUGGGCUGCUUAGCGCGGCGGCCCCCGCCCCCCCGCGCCGUCUGCUUCAGCAUGGGCUGGGGCGCGGACGACUUCAGCAACAAGAGGGUCUUCGCCUCCGUGCUGAAGAAGGUGAAACUGCCUUUAGUGGAGACCGGCCGGUGCGUGGAGAUGCUGAGGAGGACCCGGCUCGGCGGCAACUUCGAGCUGCACCCCUCGCUCAUGUGCGCGGGGGGCGAGGAGGGCGUCGACACGUGCAAAGGGGACGGCGGCUCGCCCCUCGUCUGCCCUAUCGAUGCCAAAGGUUCGCGCUUCGCCAUCUACGGAAUGGUCGCUUACGGUGUCAGCUGCGGUACUAAGGACGUGCCGGCCGUUUACGCGAACGUCACCAACUUAUACGAGUGGGUGGGGCGGCAGCUCAGCUUCGAGGGCCUGGACUCCAAGUCCUAUACCUACAUG